GUAGCGGGGAUACAGAAGUACAGAGGAGUAGGGGGGGGGGGGACAUUUAAACAGCAAACAAUUCCGUCGCAUUCAGUCAUACCGUCACAGAGAACGUUAGAAGAUGGAGUUCUGUUUCGUGUUCGUGUUGGUUUUAGUUUUGGGAUGCAGCCACGUUUCUUCCGGCCGAAUGGAAUGGAAGCGCAUCAACAAAUUAGAGGAAACGGUUGGCAAAUUGACCCGUGAAGUGAGAGAUCUCAAAGAGGUUCGAUGCCGUCAAGAGCGGACGAGCGAAACGAGUCGCGCAUCUCAGGAAGAAGUCAAAUUGGCUAAAGAAACUCUAAAUGCACUGGAAGUUGAAAGUCGAGCUCUGUCUCAAUUUGACGCACAAAUGAGGGGUCUCCAAACUUCCCUCGAACAGCUGAGUCUUCAUAAGAACCAUCAAGCGCAGACGAUUGAAUCGUUCCGUCACGAAUUGGACCUUCUCAAAAGCAAAGUCGAAUCCCUGAUUGGAACAUCAGAAGGUUCAGUGCGGACUGUCCGAGAUACAUCCUCCGAAAACGCCGUCAAAACAUUGCAAUGGCUUCUGAAAUCUGUCAGCAAUCUAAAAGCGGACGUGAAUCAGAUCAAUCAGAAUUUGAAUGUUUCAAAAUCUAUUCAGCUCGCUGACGAAGUCCAGAAGCAAAUUCGUUUUGUUCAAGAUGAGGUGCAUCAGCUGCGUCAUCAAUGGACGGAGGAAAGCGUCGAACGGCAGCGAAUGGCCGCUGAUAUGAUCCAAUUGCGCAACGAUUUAAGUGAAAUAACUGAAAAUCAAAAGCGUUGCCUGAAGGAUGUCGCUCGCGUCAGCUCAGAGGUUCAAUCGCUGAAAGAAGAAUGGAACGCUUCGAUCGAGUUGGCAGGAGCAAGCGCGUUUGACAGCCAUCACAGCCGAUCUGGUGGACGUUACAGUCACUGGAACCACAAAGUCAAUGAACUGAAGAAUGCGCUGCAAUCCGUUCGUGAUGCUCAACAGAAUCUCGAGCGAAAAAUGGAGAGCAAAACAGCCGAGUCGUCACGAAUGGAACCGAUUGAGCAACGGCUGGAAGGAUUUGUCCAGCAAUACAACCGACUGGAGUCGAAAGUCGAAGCGAACGAGGCUGUCCUCGACUCGUUAGAAGCUCGUCAUUACCGAAUGCACGAACAGCUGGAAGUGUAUGGAGAGCAAGACGAUUUCCAAGCCAGGGAAAUGCAAUUAACAGUCGAUCAACUUCGUUACAACUUGACUGAAAUCCAAGUCCAAUACGAUCGAGUACUUCAGCGCACGGAAAUCACUGAAGAUAAAUUGUCCCGCAUAGCGGAGAGUGUCGCCAUGAUCGAAAGCGAAACGGAGAAGGAUCGAAUCACGAUUUUAAGUCUGCAAAACAGAGCCAUGAAUCAAACACUGCAAAAGUGCAAGGAUGAAACAAGAGACCAGAUCCAAGAUAUGAAAUUACAAACUGCACUCUAUCAGAUCGAAGCUCUCAAAUUUGAAAUGGAGGCCUUUAAUAAAACUAUGAACAGCUGGAACGGAGCGCUGGACGUUGGGAAUACGACCGUGAUCGAGGAAACCUUGAAGAUUGAAUCAGCUUCGUCCGAAGAGUCGAUCGAAAACUAAACUCAGUCCUUUUAUCUCCUUUCUAACUCACCAAAGUGUGCCAUACAUGUGCAACUGAUCUUGCUUUCUGUCUAGGAUUCAGUUACGCUUCAAAAAUUUCUACUCCUCCAAAAAUGCUGCUUACAAAUAUGGAAAUAAGAUUUAGUGCAUGCAUCAACAUUUUCUCGUCAAAUAUAGUUCGUGAUUCAU